UGUCUGCGAGUCCGACAUGUCCAACCAGAGAGGCGGCAAGACUCUGAUCAUCACAGACGAUGAGGAGGUGGAGGAGGUGGAGGAGCUCAACCCGUUCUCCUUCAGAGAGUUUCUGCGCUGGAAGAACCAGGACCCGGACCCGGAGCAGGCACGCACUGAGGAGGAGGAGGAGGAGUGGGGGCGGAGCUUCCAGUCAGGCAUUGGCAGCACCUCCUCCCUGUGCACAGAGGAGGAAGAAGAAGAGGAGGAGACCAGGUUCUCCUCCAAACCUGAAGCAGCUGCAGGAGGAGGUGCAGUAGGAGGAGGAGAGAACUAUGAAGGAGAUGACGAGACCUCAAUGGCUGAGCCAGCCACCUUCUGCAGGAGGAGGAGUGCCAGGAGCAGCCAGACGCAGCAGCUGAAGGAGGAGAACGCAGCACUGAGGAGGACCGUCAGGGAGCUGCAGAGGAGAGCCGAAGUGAACGAACGCAGGGCGUCGCAGCUCUCGGAGGAGCUGCUGCAGAGGAGGCGUCAGGAGGAGAAGGAGGCCCAGGACCUGGAGAGCAUGGUUCACUCUGUGGAGCAGAACCUCCACCUGAUGACGAGGCGAGCGGUGAAAGCGGAGAACGCCGUUUCCAAACUGAAGGCGGAGCUACAGCAGCUGCAGCGCGUGUGUGUGUGUGUGUUUGAGGCCGAGGUGGAUUCUCUGCGGGCUGAGAACAACGGUCUGAAGUCGAUGGAGUCUCAGGUCGUCAUGACGAUGAGGCAAAAUGCUCAGGUGGCAUCCGACUACCUGAACAAGAUGGCGAGCCACGCCCACUCCUCCAUCAGGCAGCUGCUGGGGGAAGCAGAGACUCUGCGUUUGGUGUCUCAGCUGCUGCAGUCCAUCGAUAAAAUCUCCUCCCUGAACUCAGAGUCCUGAACUCCUUCGGACCUCCUGGUUGUCAUGGAAACAUCCAGGAGAGGUCUGUCUGUGAGAUCAGAGGUCAGCAGGUAUUUUAUUUUGGAAGGCCCCAGCUAUGCUGACUGCUGAUUAGUGGACUGUGACUGUGUGAGGGCCGAGCAUCAUGUUGAUUCAUAAACUCUGUGAUAAUAAAGCGCUCUGAUGAUCGGAGGUGUGCACCACGAAGACGACCUUUUGGCUGAUCCGGGUGACUUCAGGGUUAACGUCGGUUUCCUGAAGGUGGCAGGCCAAUCAGCUGUCCUGAACGUAGCGUCACCAUUCCUGGAGGAUCCCUCGGACCACUACGGGGAGAACGGGAGGGUCUGGGGGCUUCGUGCACUGAGCUUCAAUAGUCUUUUUUCCCCCUGUUGGCAGCAAGUUCAAGUUUAUUUAUAUCGCACAUCUGUUGACAAAAGUAGUCAAAGCAGAAAACAUAAAAUAGGAUAAAACAAAGUUGAAGCGGUUUCAUUGUUCUGUAAACAUUCAUGUAUUCGUGCUGAGCUCGUGUCAGGUUUGUAAUGUGGCACACGCCACCCCCCCAAUGCGCAGAUCAAAUCCUGGGUUAUCUUGGCAGGUUGUAACCGGCUGUAUCCUGAUCGCCAGCGUUAGUGUAACAUAAGGUAAAGAUGCCAUCUUGUAUGUCCCAGCUCCAAGGGGCCGUGUCAGCGUGUUUACCUGGAUAAAUAAGGAUGUAUGCGUGACUUUUUCCAAAACUGAUUGCAGCUUCUACUUCGUAUAAAACAGGGAAACAUCCUCACCGCCCGUGCAGAAGUGCAGCUUUCGUAUUUGUUGCGUCUCAUCGAGAAAAACACGAUUGGCUAAAGAGACAACCAGGAAACAAGAACAAGUAAAUAAGAGAAAGCAUGAUGUCUGAUACAGUCGAUCAGACAGGUCAUUACCCACAUAUACAAAACCAACUAUGAUACACAAUAUAAAACAGGUGUCUGUCUGUGUGUGCCCUGUGGUAGACCCGUCCAGGGUGUACCCUGUACCCACAGGCACCUGGGAAAGUUUUAGCCCCACCCCCCGUGACCCUGACCUGGAUGAGAGGAAGAGAAUGGAUGAAAAAUAUGAGCCACAGAAAACAGAACAGCAGAUGAAGCCAUGAGAAAUACACAGAAAGCCUAAACUGAGCUGGCGUCGCUUCGAGGACUCCGAUUGUUCGACUGAUCCGGGACUGUUGACUUGUUUAAGCUAACUUACAUCCUGCUGUAACCAGGCAGACCAACUAAUAUGUACCAACAGAGAGACCUGAUGUUUAAUAAUGAUUAAAUAAAAAUGUUCAAUAA